AUGCGUUUCGCACCCAUCAUUGCUGUAGUGUCGACUUUUCUACCUGUGGUGCUCUGUUUACCCAUCGUUUCAGAGCGUGGUUCCGAUUUAUCAAUACACAGACGCGAGUAUCCAGGCCCAUCUUUUGAUGUUUUUGAACGUGAUGAUGGACUGGACUUGGAUUCCAGAGACAUCGAUGACGUCGAGGAGAUCUACCAGCGUAGUCGAGGAGCAUUAAAGGCCGCAAAGCAAGCCGCCAAAGCCACGCGAGUCGCAAAAGCAGCAGCCAAAGGAAAGACCUCUCCAAAGCGACCUGCUAACGCAAAGGUUACGUUCGGUAACGCUGCAAAGGCCCACCUUGACGAACUCGGACUGCACGGAAAAGACCGCAAGAAAGUGAAAAAGUACCACAAACAAGUAGUCAAGCAGGAUAUGAAGAAUCACGGAGCACACUCUGCCAGAGUUUUUCAUCUCGCACACACUGGAGGCAGUGAUCCGAAUGAAAAGAACCAUAUUACUGCUGGAUAUUACAAGGCUCCCACGAAGCAAGGCCAUCCUGGAGAGCAGAUCAAGAGUCCGUGGGCGAUAAAACACGAGAAAGAGAACCCAGGAAAAGUCACGAAGGGCUUAUUCCAUGUCUAUCCUUCUGAGAAGAAGAAAGUUCCUUCUUCAUGGACCAAGGCUGCCGAAUCAUCAGCCUCCAGAAAGAAGGCAGAAGCUGAUCGACACGCAGCUGCUACAAAGGCUGAAGAGGAAGCUAAGCAUCGUCGUGUGGAGGCAGAAAGGUUGGCUGGAGGUUCGCUUUCAGCAGAGGCCAAGAAAGCACAACGGGAAGCUGCAAAAGCGGCCAAAGCAGCGAAGAAACUUGGGAAAAAAGAGUAA